AUGGGCACGCCGGCCUCAGUGGUGAGCGACCCUCCGGGGCGGGCGGCGCCCGCAGCCCGCGGCCGCAAGCGGGCCUCGGCCAACAUCUUCCAGGGCGUGGGGCUGCCGGAGCUGCGGAGCCUGUUCCGGAGCGGCGGGGCCGAGCGGCCCGAGGAGCGCGCCCGCCUCGUCUGGCGGUACGCGGGCCAGCGGCGCAUGGCGCGGGCCCUGCGGCGGCUCCGGCGGCGGCCGGCCCAGCCCGGCGGCGGGAUGGCGGCGCUGCGGCGUUUCGGCCGCCUGCGGAUCGCGGAGAAGCAGCCGGACAGCGGCCGCGGGGCCGGGGCGCAGCGCUGA